AAUACCAGCUAGGAUUCCUUUUCACAAAAUCAAGUCCGAUAUUUCAAAUCAGGCACUAAAAUAAUUUUAACUUUCAAUCAUAAACUGAAUUUCCGACUCAGCGUUUUGAUUUCUUUGCGCUAUUCAAUUGUAUCCAAAAGUUUUUCACUCUGCAGAUACGAUUUGUAUUUUUCUUCGAGUCACUUUUUAAUUAAUCUACAUGUAUUUAUUAUAUUUCAUUAAGGACAUUUUCUAUAGUUUCGAGGUUUGUUAGAAUAUAGCGAGCGAGCAUCGCCAUCACCAUUGGAGGGGUAAAGCGCCGUUUUAUGGAUAUUGGAUUACGCAGACAAAAGUUCGAUUUCAGACAUUCCGUUACCUUGUCUGAAAGAAAAAAUGAAAUCUGCUGAAGAGGAUGCAUACAGCCACACCCCCAAUGUCAGUCUCUCCCAGGGCAACCCCUGCAUGCCUUCCCAAUACCACAGUCUCCAGUCUGGCCCCACCAUCUCAGUGUCCAUCAGCCAGCCUCCCAGCUACGGCGCCCACAACAACAUGAGGACAGUGGGUUACUACUCCUCCCCUGGCAUCCGUCCAAAUGGGGCGCCAGCCCUCGAGAGCCCUCGCAUUGAGAUCACAGCCUACGGGCAGUUUCCUGAGGACAAGGUUGAAGAGAGCAACAACCUUACUGUGGCUAAACGGGUCAACUCCAUCGUGACCCUGACGUUGCCCAAUGCAGAUGGCUACCGUGACCCCAGCUGCCUCAGCCCGGCCAGCAGUGUGUCGUCACGCAGCUGUCACUCCGAGGCCUCGUCCUACGAGUCGGGCUUCUCCUACAACUAYGAAAACUCACCCCAGAACUCGCCCUGGCAGUCGCCCUGCGUCUCGCCCARGGGCUCCUCCUCUCUCGCCCUGCCGGGUGAAGCUUGCACCCAUGCGGGCUCCCCACAUAACUCCCCCUCUACCUCCCCCCUCACCAGUGUCAUGGAUGACAGCUGGAUGGGCCAGCGAGGCUCCAGGCCCAACUCCCCUUGUGGUGGMAARAGRAAAUACAGCUUCAACGGAACCRCAACCUMCAAGUACCCCUACUCCCCYAACCACUCCCCYGGGCCGUCCCCUCACACCUCCCCACGCCUCAGYGUCACAGRYGAGUCSUGGAUGCCUAACAACACCAACCAGUACACCAACUCAGCCAUAGUUGCAGCCAUCAACGCUCUGACCACAGACGGUGUGGCAGACCUGGGGGAGGGCAUCCCUCUGAAGGCCCGGAAGACCAGCCUGGAGCCUGGGGCAGUCUUCUGCCUGAAGGUAGAGCCUGGAGGAGAGGAGCUCAGCGCUGGGGAGCUCUGUCAGGAUGAGUACCCCUUCUCCCGCCUGCCCUUUAAGAAGGAGAACUACUGUGGGGGAUUCCUGGAUGUGCCACAGCACCCAUACUCAUGGUCUAAGCCAAAGCAAUAUGUCAGCCCAUCUCUACCAGCCCUUGACUGGCAGCUGCCAUCCAGCUCGGGGCCGUACAGCCUGCAGAUCGAGGUGCAGCCCAAAUCUCACCACCGUGCCCACUAUGAGACCGAAGGGAGCAGAGGGGCAGUCAAGGCUCUGGCAGGAGGACACCCUGUGGUGCAGCUCCAAGGCUACAUGGAGAGUGAGCCACUGACCCUGCAGCUGUUCAUUGGUACGGCAGACGACCGUCUCCUGCGGCCCCAUGCCUUCUACCAGGUCCACCGCAUCACCGGCAAGACCGUCUCCACUCCCAGCCACGAGGUCCUACAGUCCAACACCAAGGUGCUGGAGAUUCCACUGCUGCCCGAGAACAAAAUGCGCGCCAUAAUUGACUGCGCCGGCAUCCUGAAACUUCGCAACUCGGACAUCGAGCUGAGGAAGGGCGAGACGGACGUCGGGCGUAAGAACACACGUGUGAGGAUGGUGUUCCGGGUUCACAUCAACCAGCCCACAGGAAGGACAUUGUCCCUGCAGGCUGCAUCCAACCCCAUAGAGUGCUCCCAGAGAUCAGCCCAGGAGCUGCCCUUGGUGGAUAAGCAGACCUUGGAGACGUGCCCUGCUGCUGGAGGAGAGAGGAUGCUCCUCAGCGGACACAACUUCCAGCACGACUCCAAGGUGGUGUUCAUGGAGAAAUCCCAAGAUGGCCAUCACCUAUGGGAGACAGAGGCCAAGGUUGACAAGGACUCCUCCAAGUCUACAUCUCUUCUCAUUGAAAUCCCUCCUUAUCGGAACCAGAGGAUAUCCAAUCCUGUUCAGGUGAACUUCUAUGUGUGCAAUGGCAAGAGGAAAAGGAGCCAGUACCAGCACUUCACCUACAUGUCUGCCAAUGUUCCAAUGAUAAAAACGGAGCCGAAUGAUGACUACGACCCCCCUCAGGUGUGUCCCCAGCGUGGACCUGGCCUGGCGCUUCACCCCAAGCCCUACUACACCCCACAGGUCAUGACCUCCAUUAUACCCACAGAACUCCGGCCGUGUGUGGGGGGCGCCUACUCCACCUGCCAACGGAGACUGGGAGGGAAGCCUUCCUCACUGUCCUCCUCAUCCUCCCCCAGCACCAGUCCCAAACUGCAUGACCUGUCACCCACAACGCCCUUCUCCAAGUGCCUGUCAGCAGGCCCAUCCCAGUCUCCGAUCCCACAUGUCUCCAUCAUCCAGGAGAGUCCUGGAUGCUACCAGCCGCAAUCUGUCCUCUACCCACCCAGUAGUGCCUCAUCCUCACCAGGCUCACAGCCCUCCACCCCUGACACCAGCGGCCCGGAAGCCCCGUUCUCCCCCACCCACUGCCUAACGCCGCCCCAGCCCAUCAGUGGCAGCUCCAGCCCAGUGACCCAACAGUUCUCCAAAGUGCCAGAGAGAGGCAGCCGCUCCUCGAGCCCCACGUUGGCCAUUAACAUCAAACAGGAGCCAGAGGAACUGGACCAGAUGUACCUAGAUGAUGUUAAUGAGAUCAUCAGGAACGACCUCUCAAGCAUCUCUGUCCACAGUCAUGCGUAGCACCACUUUCAUCAUGGACACAGGAGGA